AGGAUGUACAGGAAUAGUUCCCUGCAAUACUUCAUCGCAGCGUGUGCUGGCAUGCUCUCUGCUGGCUACAUCUGGUCACCGUCCCUCAAGUAUGCUAAGAGCAUAGAAGGCGACUACGUGCAGCGAAAAGCUGAGCUCGAGCAGGUCAAGCUGCAUCACAAGCAGGGCGUGUUGACCGACGAGGAGUACGAGGCAGGACAACGAGCAAUACGGCAGAAGUAUGGUCACCUUCCCGAAAUCCGAUGAGAUACCUCAUCGCAAGAAAAGAAAGCAACGUUUGUUUCUUGUGAUUCCUUCCUUCCUUGCUCCCUCCUGGCCUUGUGAUCCCUUCUCUCCUGUAAUUCUUUCUACCUGCCUCGCCUCGCUAUUCCUCGCUUAAUCAGCAUUCACAUUCACCAUGAAUUGCACAAACAG